AUGAAGAAGGACGAUUGGUUAUCCGCUGCGUUAUCCGAUGAUUCGGUGGUGGUGCAGCUGCUUUUCCGACUCAAACAUCAUCCAUCUUCUUCUUCUUCGUCUCAGUUGCGUAAUAGUACUACUCCGCCGCCGCAGCCGACGACUACAGCGGCGGCGAAGGGUGGUUUGCAUCUGACACUGCCGUUGAGUAGUUGGGGUCACCGUCAGCCGAGGUCGAAGCCGUCAUCUAUGUCAGUUAAGAAAGCGUAUACCUCCACUACCAGGUGUAGCCCUAUAACGCCGCUUUCCUGGAGCGGCGGCGCUGGUUCACCUAGUGACGACGGCUAUGAUGAGUCUAGCCGUCCACCGUCUUCCGAUCUAUCAUCCGCCUUCAGAUCCAAGUUGCUGAGGACUACCUUUGUCUUAGGAAAAAAGAAAAUAUCAAAGCUAUUUAUCUUUUGGGGUGCAAAUUUAUAUAUAUANAGUAAUAUUAGCAGCAGCAGCUGCAGCAAAAGAUCAAAGAAGAAAAGGACAUUCACUGAACUUAAGGAGGAAGAGAACUUACUUCUUAAAGAGAGGGUACAUUUAAAGAGGGAACUUGCAUCGAUUCAUGUGACCCUCAAUGAACAAAGAGUUAAGAGUGACAACUUUAAGAGAAUCAAGUUUGAUUUGAAUCUACAAACCUCAAAUGAAAUGGCUGCAGAAUCAGCAUCCAAUCGAUGCAACAACUUGCUAACUCAACGUGCUGAUUCAGUCUUGUCAAGACACACAAUGGAAGAUGAUGACCUGGUAUCAUCUGAUUCACAUCGGGGAGAAAACUCAACUGAGAAUCAGAAUAGAGGUUUUUUUCUACCUGAUCUAAAUGCAAUGCCCUCAGAGGAUGAAAUUUGCACACUAUGGAAUUAGACUUUGGUCAGAAGGAGGACAAACAACUGAUGUUGUCGACCUUCUCAACCGAAACAACUAGCUGCGAUAAUCAGGGUACCAGCUUCUUGCACGAGCGUAGGAGCUGUUUGUAAAUUACAGGAAAGAGAUCUUCUUCGGGCUGAGGCAAAGUCUCAGAUGCAAUGACUCUAUUUUGCUGUUUGUUGACAAGCAAAUUGGAAGCUGUUGAGUCUAUGAAGAAGGUUUUUAAGGAUAGUAUAGAGAUCUUAACAGCUGAUAUGUAGAAACCCUUGAAAAUUUUUGCAGAUUUUUCCUGCUAGUUA